UCCAUCUUCUCUCUCUCUCCUUGCCUCGGGCAAACGAUGAGCCGAUUCAGAAGAAUCGAGAUUUCUGAAACUUCACCGUCUCUAUUCAUCAGAGAGACCUCCUUCUUCAGCCCUCCAACCCUAACAUUCCCCUCAUUUCCCCAAGUCGACGACCUGGCCCUCGCUCUCGACCUCUUCACCCCAAAUCCUUGCUCGUUAGACCUUUCCCUCCAAUGUUUCCUUUCUCCUGUUCCAUCUCCCUGCGAACCCUUCGACUUCGUCACCGAUGUUAUCCAGAUCGAGAAAACCCCCUUUUCCUCCUCUUACAAGAGGUUCCAAGCUCGAACCAGCCCCGAUUCCUAUUUGCGAACCCUAUGCGACCGUGUUUCCGCUCUUGAGCUUGGGAUCGAUCACUAUCUCAAGGAAAAGACCUGCAAUCCGGAUCGCAAGUAUUCCUGGACGACAGAGAUCAAAGAUGCUAAGAAGAACGGCGUUGAUCGAAAGUGCAAAUGGACGAUGGAAAUCAAAGGAGCGAAAAAGGGCGGUAAGCUGGGUGCUGUGGAGAAGAACUACACAUGGACAGCAGAGUUUAAAGGAAAAGGCAAAGAUGCUCCGCCCUCUCGUUCUUUUACAUUUAAAACCUCCACGGCUCCCACCGGUGACUCCAGUGACUCGGAUUCCGACUCGGAGAAGAAGACAAAGAAGGAGGAGAAGAAGAAGAAGAAGGGAUCCAAAGCUGAGCCCUCCAAACGUGUGGUGGAGAUCGAAGAACCAGUUGAUCAAGGGGCUAUCGUUCUCAGACAGGCUUUCGCUAAGAGGGUUAGGGCCGAUGCCAAGGGCAAGAAGAAGGAGCUGUCGGCUCAAGAUGCGGCUCUGAUGAUCCAGAUGACCUUCAGAGCUUAUCUGAUCCGUCGAUCACAAGCUCUCCGUGCGCUACGCGACCUGGCUGUGGCCAAGGCCAAGUUGAAGGAGAUUAGGGUGUUGUUCAACAACUUCUCUUCCCGCCGCCGCAUUGCCCGCGAUGCAGAGGAGCGCCAGAGGUUUUCUGAGAAGAUCAUCGUUCUCCUUCUCACCGUAGAUGCCAUUGAGGGAGCAGAUCUAAUGGUUCAAGGAGCAAGGAGGUCAAUGGUGGAUGAGCUGGAAGCAAUGCUGGAUGUGGUGGAUCCCCAGCCACCAGGAAAGCUAGGUUCCAUGAAGAGGAGGAAGUUCGAUCUGCUGGAAGGUAGUAUCCAGAAGGAAAUUGCAGCUGGAGUGGCUGAGGUUGUCCAAAUGCUGAAUGAAGAAGAUAACCACAGUGAUACCUUUGAGGCCUGCUUGUGAGAGUUUCUGCACUUCUCAUGUUGUGUUUCAUUAAUCUGGAAAAACAAACCACUGUGGCCUCUUUGAGCCUCUUUUUUGUUUAGCCAUGGGAGAUUAA